AUGAUUAAUGAUUGGAAGAAGGGAAGGAACUUGAAACAUGUAGGAUUAUCCCACUACAUAGGAUCUGGCUCACAUGUCUACAGAGGCCAAAAAUAUCGCUUUCUAGUGCUGGAAAGAUAUGGCCUGGAUCUUGACAAACUGUUAACACAGAAUGGGAGAUUCCCAGUUAAGACUGUAUGUUACCUUGGUAUACAAAUUCUGGACGCAUUAGAAUACAUCCAUAGUCGUGGGUACGUCCAUGCAGACAUAAAAGCCCCCAAUUUGCUGUUGGGGUAUCAUAAGGGCACAGAAAAUUAUGUUUAUCUACUAGAUUUUGGUAUAGCCAGCCGUUAUUUGGAUCAAAAUGGUGUUCAUAAGGAAUAUGUCUAUGACCAGCGAAAAGCGCAUGCUGGAACCUUAAACUAUGUCAGCAGAGAUGCACAUAUAGGUGCAUUCUCUCGUCGUGGAGACCUAGAAACCCUUGGCUACAACAUGAUUCAGUGGCUGUGUGGAGUGUUGCCAUGGGGAGACAAAGAAGAUCCAGAGUACAUCCAUUCUCAAAAGAACAGCUUCAUGUCCAACAUUGCUCUACUCAUGCGCCAGUGCUUCACUAAUUCACAACCACCAACUGUGUUGAGCCAGUUCCUUAAGUAUGUAGCCAGUCUUAACUUUGAAACAAAGCCAAGCUAUGCUUACUGUAGAAAUCUGCUGAAGCAGGGUGUUGAAGAUUCUGGUUAUGUGGAUGAUGGAAUGCUUGUGUUUGGAGAUAGUCCACUUACAAGAAUUAUUGAGAACAGUAAUCAAGGAAAUAAAUGCAGAGCGACAGAGGAUCCUGAAAAUGGCCAAUAUUCACCAGUGGUGCUAAUAAAACGUCCCUCAAGUGAUGUGAUCCAGAAACUCACAGUAUCUUUAGUAGAAGUGUCAGAACUAACAAAACAUAGGCAACAGACAGUUGGCACAUCAUGCAGCAACCGCAUAGGACAUAAACGCAAAGCGACAGAGAAUCCUGAAAAGACAGCAGAACUGGAGCAUAUGAAAGUAGUUUGCAAUACUCUGCAGCAACUUUAUGCAAGUAAUAGAAGGAUUAAAAAAUCUUCAGUGCUCCAAACAUAUAAGUCGUUUACUUGGGAGAAAAUCAUAUUGGGCAAUCCUAAAAAGCAGGAAAAAAAACAUGCAACACUGAACUGUAACCUGCCUUCUAUUAGCCUAGACAAGUAUGAACCAGUGGUGCCAAAGCAACGUCUGUCAAAUGAUGUGAUCCAGAGAUUCACUGCAUCUUUACCAGAACUGUCAGAACUAACAAAACCUAGGCAACAGACAGUUGACACAUCAUCAUUCACAAACUUCAUAGGACGUAAACGCAGAGCAAUGGACAAUCCUGAAAAUACAGCAGCACUGAAGCGUAAGAAAAUAGAUAACAGUACUCUGCAGCAACCUUGUGCAACUAAUAGGAUUCAAAAUUCGCCUUCUUUAGUAUUCAAACUAUUCAAAUGGUUUAAUGGGAAGAAUAUUGUUUCUGGCAAUUCUAAAAAGCAGGUAAAAAAACAUGCAACACUGAACUGUAACCUGCCUUCUACUAUCCAAACCAAGUAUGAACCAGUGGUGCUAAUAGAACAUUUGCCAAAUGAGAUGAUUCAGGAAUUCACAGCAUCUUUACCAGAAGUGUCAGAACGAACAAAACACUGGCACCAAACAGCUGACACGUCAGUAUUCAGCAACCCCACACCAGCCAUGUUGAAGAUUUUGCUAAAAAGGAGGCAGAAGGAAACAACACCAACUCAUUAA